CCAUACCGGCUAACGUACCGAUUUCGCACCAGUAUAUCCUGACGUAGCAUAGCGCGCGGAUGCUUUACGGACGCAGUCCUGUACGAUUUUCAAGCUCACCGUUUCGUCCCAUUGACGACGGCAUAAUCACGUGCUCGAUCCCGUAUCUCGUAUCCUGAAGUGUGAAAUCCUCGAGCGCUUGGCUACGAAGGUGAUUCCGGCUUUUUACGACCCAGCAAGGAAGCAGUGAGUUUCGAAUACUUUCCGGUGUCACGGUGCAAAAUUUAUGUGCCAGGAUCAACUAUCAUCUCGGUCGUUCGGUUUUAGUAUGGCAAAUGGUGGUGGGAUGAGUUGUUGUACGGUGGUGUGGUGAGCAAAAAAAAGGGGAAUGGGGAAGAACAUGAUAAAAAGGAUGGAUGGAAUCGAAAGGUCAAUCAUGGGCGCCUUCUUAUCGGAGUGCGUAACGACGGGAAGCGUUCACAUUGUGUUCCUUCUAUUCCUUUAACCCUGCUGUGAGUGCAAGUGAGUGUACGUCCCAUCAAUAUUAGUAGUGGCUUUUGCGUCUUUUUUCGUUGUUGUCGUUUCGGCUUUCGAUAUCAGUGCUGGAGAAGAAGAUCAUGCCGAUAGUAGGGUGCGAUGCGUAAAGGAAGAUUGUACUAAGCAACAUGUUAUUGAAAGAGGUGGCACGUGCCGGGUUUUGCACUGGUGCUCAUCUCGUACCGUCUGUACGGGCCGGCGAAGCGUGAUUGAAGCUCUCGGCAUCGGGGGCACAAAAUUAGCACAACAUAGUGCUCCAGGUCGGAUGGUUCGUUUAUUGUGUGGUUGUGGAAAACCCGGCGAGACAACAGAACAACCAGUACCGGGACCAGAAGCGCACCGGUGCAAUAAUGAAAGCAUGAAAUCGGUACAAAUAAUCAGCAAUGAGGUGAGCCUAGAAUAUGAAAGAAAACCCCCUGUAGCAAGUGACCACGAUAUGGUGCCGUGCAAAAGUUUAGGCGAAGAACAAAAAUGCCAUGUGCAAUCGUGAUUGUUGGCGUGACAGGCUGUUGGAAAUGAAACCAAGGGUGUGCUACUCAAGAUACAGCAUUCUUACAUCUUUAAAUAUUCACACCGCAAAGCGUCCACCAUCGUGUGCAGUGAAAUGUGUGAGUCGAAAAAGGAAGUGAACGAAACAGUGUAAAAGUGUAUUUCCCGUGCAAUCAACAUUUUAAUGUCCACUCCAAAAAACCAAUGCGCACACGAAAUGUGAGUUUGAGGGCAUGCAUUUGUUUCGGUGCAUUACGCGGAUGAAUAAAACGCGCGCUCGCCACACAGUUCACGCAUCAGCGGCCAGGACUGAAGAGGCCGCGAUCUAACAGGCCAGCAGCGGGUGAAUGGUGCAACGUGGUCCAUACCCGUUGAAUGGUGAAUGGUGAGAACUUUGCUACGAUGGAGUACGCCGGACGGCCAUGCAGAUGCAGCUGAGGCUCGAGAAGCCGUUCUUCUGAGGUUCCUCACGGCCUUAACGAUUGCUAUACAAUGCAGCAGCGAAUGGUUUCGUAAGGACGCGUAGUGAAGUGUUUUCCUCCCGCCACACAAUGGGCGCCGGUGCAUUUGCAAUAAGUGCAGCAAGUGAUGCAGCAAGCGAUGGUGCGAAAGUGAAGCACGGCUUAAGCCAACCGAAGUGGUAGUGACUCAUCUCCCGGUACACACGGUUCGAGUGUGAAGUUUCGUGGGUACGAAAUAAAAUAGAGCAAAGAAACAAAGCAAAGCCGGGGGAGGCAAAAGAAAAAAAGCAGGGAUUAAAGGACCGAUUUUACCGUGGCGCAUUAGCGGCUGAAUUGUGCUCAAGAAGUGUAGCGGUAGUGAUAGUGGUAUACUACUGGCAGCCAGCCGACCAUCCGAAGCAAACAGCAGUGAGUGAGAAAACAGGGCGAAAAAUAAAACCACGAAUGCACCACGGCAAGCAGUGAGGGCCGCAGCGAUGGGAUACAUAAAUCUGCUCGAACUAAAGCUUUUGUUAAAUAUAUCAUUAGUCGUGCUGCUGGUAAACGGACAUGGCACUCAGACGGAAGCACAGCCGGAGUUUUUGGCACCGCUGGACAAUCUUACGGUGACGCAAGGCCGUGACGUUUCGUUCACUUGCGUCGUUAACAAUCUUGGACAAUAUAGGGUUGCGUGGAUAAAAUCCGACUCAAAGGCAAUACUUGCAAUCCACACGCACAUGGUUGCCCUAAACCCGCGUCUAUCCGUCACUCACAAUGGUCACAACACGUGGAAGCUGCACAUAUCGCACGUGCAGCUGAACGACUCGGGCAGCUACAUGUGUCAGGUGAACACGGAUCCGAUGCGGCAUCAGUCGGGCAACCUGGACGUCGUCGUGCCGCCGGACAUACUGAACGAAAACGAACCCAACACGCUGGAGGGUGGUGUGGCCAACGAGGGUGGCAACGUGCAGCUGGUGUGUCAAGCGACGGGUGUCCCAGAACCGGCCGUACAGUGGAGACGCGAGAAUGGCAAGGAUAUCGUCGUACGAACGGAGGGCCGAGAAAAACAAGUCGUAAAGUUUGUUGAGGGCGAACGACUCGUCCUGAAUCAGGUGCAACGGACCGACAUGGGAGGAUAUCUGUGCAUCGCGUCGAAUGGUGUACCGCCCUCCGUCAGCAAACGGUUCGAUGUGCAAGUAAACUUUCCGCCAAAUGUGAAAGCGGGAAAUCAGUUAGUGGCAGCACCGGUUGAAAGUCAUGUUCUGUUGCAAUGCAUUGUGGAGGCAUUCCCUACCCCACUAAACGGCUGGCACAAACAUGAUGGCAUGAAGCUCUACGAGGGUGAAAAAUACACAAUCAGCGAGGAAAAGCUUAACGCCUACACCUGGCAGCUAAACUUGACCGUGAAAAAUCUACACAAGGGCGACUUCGGACCGUACAUUUGCUCAAGCAUAAAUGCGUUGGGAAAAUCGGACGCUAGGAUACGUUUGCAAGAACUACACCUACCACCGAAACCCACCACCACACCAACGCCUUACGUACCGUCAACAGUGAAGCAACCGCGUCGAAAGCAGCACUACUCUACCCACGGUAAGGGACAUGAUGCGGGCAAGGGUGCCAACACCUUCAACCGGGACACCUACAUCAUCAACCACAUCCAGGAGAAUGAUUAUCUUGGCAGCCUGAUCGUGCACGAAGGUAAUGGCGGACACGGGCUGGUAGGUAUGAACGGUGCCACCAUGGGUACGGGUAAUGGGCUGGGUGGCCCGGGCGGUACCAACGGUGGGUUGGAGAAGCCACGCAACACACAAAUGCCGGCACCGAUCCCAUCGCGCCAACCGCACUGGAUACUGAACAACAAAUCCCGCGCGAUGGACAUCUUCAGCCACAGGCGCACGGUCGCGUUCGUUAGUUGUUGUUUGCUAAUGAUUUAUAGUCUGUUGAUGCUGCUGACGUUUACAUGAAGCUGCGUUAUGGAAGCGAGCCAUCUCCCAGCCGUCGGGGCCACAAAUGGCCGGUGUGUAAAUGGCCGAUAAGUAUGGACAAAAUUAGCCGCAGCGCUCAAACUACACGCCCGCGUAUUGUGCUCGUUGCGUGAGUGUGUGAGAAAGCGAACCUGUCCUGAAACAAAUAAUGCAAUACAUACACAUGAAGUGAAGGUUCCGGAACCGUGGAACACAAAGUGACACCCGAAGAUGGCGGAGAGAUGGAGAGAUUUGAUGCGUUUCGAUCGUUCCACAUCACGGUUCUGUGCGGAGGAUGGUGUGCGAUUAGCGCUAAUUAAAACAGCUGUUAAAUAAACUACUUACAAUCAUCUACACAAAGCAGGCAAACGGCACGCAUAAGAGUCACAGUUCACCGAUCUGCCCCACAGGUAUGUACGUGUUUUGAGUGUAUCCGAGUGUGUGGGAAGAGACAGGGACAUUAGGCGAUAAAUAAAACCUCCAACAAGGGGCUGGAACGUGUAUUCCGUUAGAGGGUAAAGUUUGUUACAAAUAUAAGUGCACUUUGUAAUAAAACAUAACUAACAACCAAAAAAAAAAGAGAGCAGGGAGAGGAAGAGAGAGAGAGCGAUAAAACAAACAAAAAAAAGCUAUGAGCCUAAGUUACUAAAUGGACAGCGAUUGAGAGCGUAGCAAAUGUCGUUUAACCGGUGGUGUAAUAGAAAUUUAUACAGUGUCAAAGUGAAUAGUUUAAUCAUGCAUGAAAGAGCUUGUACAAAACAAAAUGAAGGACUAGGGAGAAACUUAAAACCACAUCGUGUUAGUUACCGUGUAUAUAAUGUUACAAGGAAGAGCUUUGUUGAAUACCUUUCAGAUGUUUUUAAAAGUAGUUAAGUUUUUUUUCACUUUGUUUUUUUUAUUAUUAUUUUUUACUAUCUUUUAUUUUGAUAUAAAUCAACUAAAACAGUGUAUUUUCGUUCGUUUAAAUGCUUUGGGUUUUAUUAAUAUCGUAUUUGUUUGUUCCUCUUAUUGAUUAUUUCUUUAUUUUAUCGCUUAAAAAAGUGUGUUUUCACUCGUUUUGUUGUUUGUUAAUAACGUUUUUGUUUAUUUCUCUCAUAGCUUAUUUAUUUAUCUUAUUGCUUUUAACUUUAUAUCUACUGGUGUACCCGAAAUAAUUUAAAAUUGCAAACUUCGACUUUAACUAUGAUCUGCUGGGUUUUUGAAAUGAAAAUGGUAAAUUUUGGUAAAUUUUAGUUUGAUUACGAGAUAAAAGGUAACAAUUUUUUCGCAAGCGUUUGCUUAAUUAAAUCGAUGCUGGGGUAAGCUUCUUCUGCUUACACAUGUGCAAAGCUUUAUGACAAGAUGGAUUUGGAAAAUUUCUUUAUAAAGCUCAACGCUUUACUACGGAAAAUUUUCAUCUGAUAUCAUUAAAUUCAUAUGUUAAAAAUUGUGUUUCAAUACCCCUGUUUCUCAUGAUUUAUAUUCGCAAGUCAAUAUAUUCCAUUUCACCCGAUACCUCUAGUAAUGGUUUGUCUUCGCUGUGCAAUCCUGGCCUAUGGUAACUCGAGUUCGGGACAAGCCGGGAAAGUAUGUAACGAAAACCCUAAACCACCGGCAUCGAUAAUGAAGAUCAACCUUUUGACGUGUCCAUAUACAAGCAUCGCAAGGGUUGUCUCGCAACCUGGAUGAGGAGCUAUGUGAUCCAAGGACACUCCACCCUAUCUCCACCCAUUCAAAUGGUUAGCCACACAAAACACGGAAGCAAUGGUUGAGAUAUUAAUUUACCCGCCUGUCGCGUCGUGGUUUACGAUAUAAUUUUAAUUAAUGUUUAUGCAUCAGCUUACGCUGCUAUCCUUGAAAGCAAGCCUUGUACAGCAUGUGAACCAGUAACAGACGUCUCGUGGUGAAAGUGACACCAAGCGGACGAUAAUUGAGAUGUUUACAACUGUGUCCACGUGGAAGUAAAUUGUCCAUAGGCGCAUUAUAUGCUAUUGAGACUAUAUUUUAGACCAUUGACUUUUGAGGAAUAAAAGAUGCAAUAGUUGAAUUUACACUGAAAUUCUCUCGAGAGUUAUUCUAGCGAAACAUCACCGAAAACCGUUCCUUUCAGACACACAUUCAACUGAUUCUAACGAAGGUAAAAUUUUGUUUUUCAUUCCUUCCCUAAAAUUGCCUUCAUCAUACGAAACACGCGUCAGGUUGUCAAAUAAUUUGGGAAGUUAUUUAAGAACUUAUUAAAACUCAAUUAAUUCCUUGACAGGGUUCACCUGCUCCCGAAUUCUACGAUGCAACCUCACCCAUGAAAAACAGCAUCUCGGUCCUCAUUCCGCUACGCUGCCUGUGGUCGUAAAACUCUUGCUUAAGAAUCCCUUCCCGGUUUUUGUAAAACCCCUCUACAUUCGCACACAAACACAUGUGCUGCCCAUUUUCCCAUUAAAAGCACAUUAAGUUGCGCCUGUCGGUACGAUAGAAGUGACGAAGGGAGCAACCGUACCGGUAGAAAGUAAAUUUAUUUCACGCAUCAUAAAUAUCACGUACCUUUAACACAAUUUCCGUUUCGAUCUACCAUUUUCUUGAAGUUCAAUUUUGAAUUUGAUAUGUUUAAAAAAUGAAACUUUACGAUUAGCGAACGUUUAGUGUUACCAUUUUAAAGAAAAUAUAUAGCGAACAAUCAAUUGUUUCACGUUACUUUAUCAAUUUUUGUGACUUGUUUUCAGUUAUUUCUUCUCGAUUGGUAUUCACAUAACUCAUCCAACUAUAUUAAAGCUAAUCGUGGCACCUUAUCCAAUCUAUAUGAACCAUGAAACAGAAGACAGAAAAUUAGAAAUUAUUAAUACUACCACAAACACUUAUUCAACAUCAAGCUCAGCGUUUGCCGAUUAUUCUGUCAUGAUCAUGGUAAGUGUUUGCAGUGAAAAGCGAAAACAUUAUGAAGAAAGAAUAAUAUAAAUACAGAAGAUCACGCAAAUACAUGUUGAUGUCUUCCGUGAAAAAUCCAAGAAAUAAACAGCAAACGAUCAAAGAACAAAUAAACAAAAACAUAUAAAAAAUAGUACAUAAAAUCACACAAACACCGCCGUAAAUUGAUAUAGCUAAAUUUGUUAAAACCCCGUUUAACCCGAAGGAUAAACGUGAUAUAAGCGGAUUUUGAAGACGUUUCCAACCAUAUAUCUAUAGUCAAACACAUUGUUCCGUUUUGUGAGCAUAAGAGCAAAAGAAACAAACAAACAAAACAAGCAAAUCCCUAAAGUAAAAGUUAUUACAUUACUUGAAUACAAUUCAGUACUAGAGCAAUGCUCUGCGAGCCAAGCAUGAAUGAAUAUUUCGAAGAAAGAAGAUAUUGUAAACAUUACAAGUAAAUUAAACAUUGUAACUUACCAAAGUUUAACUGUAUAUAAAGCAAUGUAUUUGAAUUGUUUCGGGCCGAUAUGAAGGCGAAUAUCAUGUGUCAGCUAAUCGGAAAAAUCACAUAAUAUGUGAGGCAAGUUUUACACAAAUGUUUUAUAAAUCGUGCAAAAAAAACAAAGCGUCAUCUUGCAACAAUAGCUACCUUGUUUUAUUGUGUACAGUUCAAUUUGGCAUAGAUAGAAUUGACAAAAGAAUAAUGUACACACAAACAACAAUCAUCGAUACGCUUAACCAAUGUAAGCAACAGCAAAACAUCAAACAUUUCUUACAAUUACCGUGGCAAUCCGUACAUAUACCACAAGGAUUAGUUUUUUUUCUUAUGUUUCUUAUCAAUUAUCAUCGCAUUUCAAAAUUACACACACGCUACCAACUAAAUAAAGCUUGCUAAACGAAAUGGAAUGGUUCCACCUAUAAGAAACACGUGGCUUUGUGGUUUGAAUUAAGUUUAAUAAGCUUUAUGCAAGAGAAAUGGAAACCAAAAUCAUGACUGCAAAACACAAUGUCAACAAGGCAUCAAGGCAUAUGUUAAAAUCUUAUCUAAAACAACAGUUUACGAUCCUCUAGCAUAAAUGACACGCAACACGAUCGCAAGAGUAAAGAAGCGAAGCAUACAUAUGGGCAAACUACUCACUAACAAAUGAUGAACUAACAGCAAAACAAAUCAAACAAAGCUAAAAGAAAAAAAAAUAUGUUCAACGGUACGGAACGAUACGGGAACGACACAUUCAUACAUAGUAAAUCUAUCUACCAUCUCCAUUGAGUAAUAAAAUAACAAGACAAUAAAUAAUUUAAUGCUAGCAUUACCAUUACCAAGUAAAAACUGCAACAGCCGGUUGUCGAAUUGAGCCAACUGAGGAAGAAUGUGAAUGUGGGUUGGCAUCCACAGUGCAAAGCGCAAGAGAGAUAGUUAAAUGAAAGUACUUAAACGAUCUAUAUAUAUACAUACAUAUAUAUAUAGCCUACCGAUGAAAUAAAAAAAAGUAUUCAUAAGAAAAUGUAAACUACAAACAGA